AGAGCUUCCUCCUUGGCAACAGCUGGUGCACUGGUGAAAACCAGGGUGUUGAGGGGACUAAAGGAAACCAAAACAGUAAAACUGUGAUCCCCACAAAUCAAAAAAUGAACUGAAAGACAGAAAACCGCGAUGGAGGAACUGAGAGAAACUGCAAAGUUUGUGAUGAUUCUCUGUGAGCUUGUCCCUAUAAGCUACACCCUCCCAUAGUCAAUCAACUCAAUGUUGAUAUCAAAAUAUUCGUGAGUGCAGUUUUUAGAUCAGGCCAGGUUUCUAGCUUGAUGGAGGAGGGCUCCGGGCUUUUCUUUAGUAUUUACACUGUUGAAUUAAUUGAAAGUUGCUAGAAAAAAUCCAUAAAUCUGUGUGUACUGACUGCAAAAAGGUCAUAUUAGCCCAACCCAAACAUCACCUUAGUGGGAAUUAAUUAAUUAGCUAGAUUAUAGUUCAUGGCCUACAGUAUGAAUGAAACCUGGUUUGAUGAGAAGAGGAAAUGAAUUAUUUCUGGCAGGCCCUCACUUUGUCAGCACUUCUGUCUUCUGCUUCUGUAACCAUGUGUUACUCCUGCUGUUGGAUUUUCCCCACUCAGCUCAUGUGUUAAUGUUUAGAAGACUCAAGUAAGCUUUCGGUGUGGAGAUGUUUCGUUGUUAAUCGAAAGUAAUAAUUAGUUUAUCAGCUGCUUUGAAUGUAGAGGAUGGAUAAGCUAGAUGUUUUUAAUGAGGGUUUUGAAGUAGGACUGAUUUGGCAGAAUUCACUUAUUUAUGAGCCAGCUGCCUGCACAUGCGCUGAGACAGAAGGAACACUGUACUGUCACCAGGAGGGAACUGGCAGUGCAUUUCAGUUCCCCUCAUACUGCCAACAUAAGACAGAGCUGUGACACUAAGGUGCAGCAGUUGAUGAAAGCAACGAGGAAUGGUACCAAAGACAGUUUAGAGAAAACGAAGUUAGCCAUGUUUCGCAAAGUGUCAUUCCUGCAAAGAAAAGACUCCACAGGUGAAGGAAAGGAUGAUCCAGGUUACAUGGAUGUGUCUGUGUGUGAGUUAAAGCACCCUCCACCACAACUCUGUCCUAUGCCAGAGGGGCUCAGCAGGCAGCAGGUUGUCAGACGUCUCAUCCUCAGCUCCAUUGUGCAGAGUGAAAGUAGCUACCUGGACUCUCUCAGGAGAAUCCUCCAGGAGUACCAGAAACCUUUGCUGGAGCCACAGAACUGUAUCCUAAAUCACAAGAAGGUGCAUCAGAUCUUUUACCGUGUGCAGGAGAUCCAUCAGUGCCACGCAAUGUUCCAAAUCGCCCUGGCGUCCCGUGUGGCUGAGUGGGAUCACAGCGAAAAGAUUGGAGACUUGUUUGUGGCCUCGUUUUCGAAGUCCAUGGUGCUGAACGUGUACAGUGACUACAUCAACAACUUCACCAAUGCCACGGCACUAAUCAAGAAGGCCUGCAUGUCUAAACCUGCUUUCCUGGAUUUUCUUAAGAAGAAGCAGGCGUCCAGUCCAGACAGAAUAACUCUGUAUGGCCUCAUGGUAAAACCCAUCCAACGUUUUCCUCAGUUCAUUCUGCUGCUGCAGGACAUGUUGAAGAACACUUCGAAGUCCCACAGUGACCGGUUGCCCCUGCAGCUGGCUCUCACUGAGCUAGAGACUUUGGCUGAGAAACUCAAUGAACAAAAGCGCCUCACUGAUCAGGAGGCUGAGAUCCACCAGAUUGCACACUGCAUCGGGGGCCACAACCUCAACAAGCUGCUGAACACAAAGCAGAUGCAGCUGAUUCAUUGUGAACUGCUGACUGAAAUUGUUUAUGGGGAUAAAGGUCAAGUUCUCAAGUCUAAGGAGAGAAAGGUCUUCCUCCUCAAUGACACCUUGAUUUGUGCCAGUGUCAACCCGAAGGGUUCCCCUGACAUCAGCAACCUGGCUCCUGUUGGUCCUAAGUACACAGUUAAGUGGUGUGUCCCCCUGCUGCAGACCCAGGUGGUGGAGGUGGGUCAGGACAGUCUGCAGAGCAAGGAUAGUGGUAUCAUAGCCAGACAUUCAAGCUUCACCUCUGGAAGCACAGGUAAAGUGUUCCUGGAUCCUCCCAGAUUGUGCCAGGAGCUGGAGGAGCUGCAGCAUGACCUGGCUGUGGUGAAAGAGGUCUCACUGCUGGUUGGCACACUCAAAGGAACAUACCAGAAUCUGAACACUACAGUGUCCCAGGACUGGCAUCUGGCUCUGCAGAGGCUCAUCCGUCUGAAGGAGGAGGAGAUCCAGAACGCAAACAAGUGUCGCCUACAUCUGUCUGUACCACGCAGACCUGAAAAGUCUGGUCGUCCAGUGAACAUCAUGAUGGUCUUCAAUACUCCCAGCCCCCUUAGUAAGAUCUCUUGGGUGAACUGGCUCCACCUUGCUAAGAUAGCACAGAGACAGGAAAAUAUUCUGGGGUGGGAAUGUGCUGAAGAAGAUGGGAAGACAAAAGCUCCAUUAUGUUGUCCACUGUUGACCUGCAAACUUCCUGUCUUCUCCUCCAAAGCAAGCACACUGAAGCUGGAGGCAGCUCUUCACAGUCCAUCUCAGUCCAGCCUGCUUGGCUUCUGUGCUGCCAGUACGUCAUUACCACAGGGUUACCUUUGGGUUGCCGGUGGAGGAGGCAGCUAUGGGCAAGUGAACAUCUUCUCCUUAAACCGAACCACUCCUCACCUGGUCAAGACUUUCUCACUGAGGGCUCCAGUUCUUUGUUUAGAGUAUGUGAAGGAGCCAGGUCCCAGCACAGAGGGGAAGGAGGCUGAAAAGCAUGCAUUCAAAAUGGGAAACAUAAUUUGUGUUGGCCUGCAGGAUGGCAGUAUCCAUGUGUACAGCAGCAUGGACACAGCUGUUCAGUGCCUGCUGACCUUGGUGAACCUUAGUAGCUGUCCAGUCCUCUGCCUCAAACACUCGCUGUCUUUCCUAUUUGCUGGAUUGGCCAAUGGCAAAGUAGCUGUGUACCAUAGGAGACCUGGAGAAAGACUGUGGGACAUAGAGUCGCGCAGACUCAUUUCUCUCGGCGCUGAGCCGGUCUAUAGUCUGCUGACACUUGAAGAUGCUGUAUGGGCUAGCUGUGCCAACCAAGUCACUGUCAUGCAAGGAUCCAGCCUCAAAACACAGAGUUUCAAAGCCCACUCCAACUCAGACUGUAGUGUUAGCCACAUGAUUCGUUCAGGCGGGGGGGUUUGGAUGGCCUUCACCCAGGGCUCCUCCAUCCACCUAUUUCACACAGAGACAUUGGAACCACUGCAGGAAGUCAACAUCUCUACUCGCACUGCCCAUCUUACAUCAGGUAUGGCCGGACAAGGUCAGGUUUGUGUCUCCAGCUUGCUGGUCUGCCAGGGCCUGCUGUGGGUGGGGACCAGUCAAGGCAUCAUCAUCACCUUCCCUGUACCCACCCUUGAGGGUAUACCCAAAAUCACAGGUAAAGGGAUGACUUCUCUGAAUGCCCACUGCGGUCCAGUGGACUUCCUGGUUUCAAUCUCCAGCAUUCUAGCCUCUGACUCACUCAGACAGAACUCCACUCUCAGUGGCAGCGAGGUGGGUAAAGGAGAUGUGGACGGGAAUAAAGGAGGACAAAGGUUUGAGAAGAGCAGCAAACCUCAGCACUCAAAAGCUCCUUCACUGAGGGAGGAGAAGCCCAAGCAUCUCCUGCUGCAGUAUCACCUUCACUCCACCUGCCAGUUGCCUGGAAAGCCGCUGACAGCCCAGUCUGAACAGGGAAGCCCAAGGGCGCUCUCAGACUCCCUGGAGUAUAACCCAGAGGACAGUUCUAUCGAUGAAGUGAGCGAGGACCCUGAUGUGUGGGUGAGGGGGCAGCCUGUGGAGUGGGGGAAGGAGGCAGAGGCCAGGCGCAGCAAAGUCACCUCAACAGCCAUCUUCUCUGGUGGUAGAGGACACCGCAGAAUAGGACAUACAGCUGCAGGAGAUACCUGCACAGACUCCACUGAAAACACACUGCUGGUAUGGCAACUCCCUCUAACUUUCAGCCAGUGACAAAGAACCAUGGCACCUGACUGACCAACAAGUUUUCUCAUUGACACAUCUGGGGACUCCAUCAACAGUUUACCUCUAAAGAUGGCAGCUAGAAGCAACAUCUUAUGAAACAGACACAUCACCUCUGAUACAUUCGUGCUUUUCUGGGUUUCCACCUGCCAUCAAUGGUGAGAGGUGAACACCUUAAUAACACACCUUCAUUACAGACUAGCAAAGGUAAUAUUUUAGUUGCCUGACAUCAUAAAAACCAACAUUCUUCAGUCUGGAUAGUGAUUAUUCAGAAUGACAUUCAUCUGAAUUGACUUUUCACAGUGGGCCUAGUUUUCAUUGCUAUCAUCAUCAUCAUUCAUCCUGCCAAACUCUCGGGGAUGAAUUUAUGAAGGUUUUUCAGGCACACAUGUAACACAUUUUGACAUGGAAACAUCAUGUUUCAGCUGCCUCAAACAUGUUUUCAUCAAACAGACUGGACUCUUCUAAUUGAACUCAUUUGAAGGAAUACUACUUUGUUUGCAGUGAGAUAAAUUAGAUCAUUAGGUGUGUUAAAUACAGAGCUGGAGUCAUUUACCUGCUGGGACUGUUUGCUGACAAACAGCAUCCAGGUGCACUGACUCUGUCCUGAAGUCUUCUUCUCACAGUAAGGUUUACAGUGCCAUUGUGCCUCUGUGCUGAGCUUCUGUGCUGGACAAAUAGAUAAACUGCUGAAAUGGUUCCAAAAUGGUCAUUUUUACAUUUAAAUUUCUGUGCUGAUUAAAUCAACAAGCUAAUUUUUAAUUAAUGAGCUUUAAAGUUUGCAGUAGAUAUUUAACCCUAGAACACUAACGUUAAAAUUAGUAACACCAUCACUAACGUUGGGUAUAUUUUACCCGAUAUAAU